AUGCCCCGUGCCACUCGCGCCUCAGCUGCAAGAGCAGCAGCAGUACAGGUGGAGCCUCAGCAGCUCUCGAGUCCGCCAACAACUCCGGUCCCCAACCGUGGCAAGCGUGCUCGCAAAGCCAUCAAGACCGAGGACGAUGGAGAUGUCAAUGCUCUCCCACACAAUCUUGGGACGGCCAUGCCCACUCCGGGAGCGGACGACGAUCCUGAUCUGGAUAAUUCGCCACCCAAGAAGCGAGCUAAGCGAGCUGUGAGGAAUGAGCGUACCAAGAAGACACCGAAGAAAGCGAACUACGGCCUGACUCCCGGCGCCUCACCCUACCCUGACUACCUCCGCCCCACGGCCGAAGAAUGUCGUGAAGUCGUUCGUCUGCUCGAGAAAGUGCACGGCAAGGUGGUAGUUCCCAAAGCCGUACCGCCUCCAUCUCUUGACGUGUCAGGGUGUGGUGAGGUGCCUUCCGUACUUGAUGCGCUUGUUCGCACCCGGCUGAGCGCAAACACGACGAACAAGAAUAGCAGUACCGCCUUCCAAGGCCUUGUGAAGCGUUUCGGCACGCUUCAAGAGGGCAUAGGCAAGGGCAGCGUGGACUGGGACGCCGUUCGUCGAGCCCCACAGAAGGAAGUCUUCAAGGCUAUUGAGCGUGGUGGUCUAGCCGACCGCAAGUCCAAAGACAUACAAGCCAUCCUACAGCUCGCCUACGAAGAGAAUCAAGAGCGGAAAGCAGCCUUGACUGCCGAGUCCGCCAACGCCACGGCAGUAGGCGCCGAGCAGGAAGCAGAGUCCGAAAAGCACGCCGAAGUCGAGAAAGCUAGUCAGAACAUCAUCUCCCUCGACCAUCUCCACCUUCUCAGCACCUCAGCCGCCAUCGAAAAGAUGCUGUCUUACCCCGGCAUCGGCCCCAAAACUGCCUCCUGCGUCGCGCUCUUCUGCCUGCAACGACCCAGCUUCGCAGUCGACACGCACGUCUUCCGUCUCUGCCAGUACCUUGGAUGGGUGCCCAAAACAGUCAAGAAGGGCCAACCGAAAGUCGAUCGCAACACGACGUACAGUCACUGCGAUGUGCGGAUUCCGGAUGAGUACAAGUACCCACUCCAUCAGUUAUUGAUCAAGCAUGGCAAAACGUGUCCCAGGUGUAGAGCCAUCACGGGACAGAGUAGUGCGGGAUGGGAACAGGGCUGCCCGAUUGAGCAUUUAGUUAAGCGGCAUGGGACUAAAAAGGGUGGGGUGUCGGUGGUGGAGAGGAAGAAGGCGAUGGAGGCUGCCGGGUUGGGAGCGGAGGAGGCGGGGAAGAUUGCAGAGGCGGAGGUGGAGGCGGAGGAGAGUGAAUUGAGCGAUGCGCUGGAAGAGGAGGAGCGCUAA